UCCUCCCUCUUAAUUUCCCCCAAAAAGACAAAAAAAAUAAUAACAGAAAAAAAGAAAAAAAUUCAGUUAGAUAGGGUUUAAAUUUUUCCCGGCGAAAUGGAGAAACCUGGAGAUCACGCAACAGAAUCAUCGGAAACUAUUCCUCACAAAUCCGACGAUCUCGAGAACACAAAUCAUCCCGAUGAAUCGGAACACCAAUCACAUAACAACGACCAGACGGAGACGGCGACAACGCCGGAAUCGGAAUCUUCCCAGCUCAGCCUUCCCCAGGUGAUGGAAGCUGUGGACGAUUUCAUCCAAUCACUUUCCUCCUCCACCGAUCCGUUACAAGAGAUUCCUCCAGCCGUGGAGCCAUUCCCGGAGACGGUCGAUUCGUUGGUGUCGAAGAUGGAAUCCUCAGGCCUUGGGCGGGACGAAUCAGAGGACUCUGCAUUCAUAGACGCCGUUAACCGUAUUUCGAUUUCGGUUAUCAGACUGAGAGAGCUUAAUCUAGAUUCAACCCCGGUUUCUUCGUGGUUAAACCGGGCGAGUUCGGUUCAACACCGUGCCGUAUCUCUUCUCGACGAAGAGUUCCGCCAUCUUCUCGAUCGCUCCCGAGAAAAUAAGAAGAAGAACGGUGACGGUUACAAUCACGAUCAUUCUUCCAAUUCAACGCAUGAACCGGACCAAACCGGUUUACAUGAAAAUGAACCGAAAGAAACUUUCCCACCGGAAUCGAUAGCCACGCUGAAGAAAAUCGCCGGAGCCAUGAUCUCCGCCGGCUACGAAACUGAGUGCUGCAUGUCGUACGAAACGUCGAGACGCCACGCGUUCAAGGAGGAGCUGAGCGAGAUCGGAUUCGACGGGAUCAACGUGGAAGACGUGCAGAGAAUCCCCUGGGAGUCUCUCCAAGGAGAAAUCGCUUCGUGGAUCUCAAUCGUCCGCCGCUGCUCCUCCGUGUUUUUCCCCGGAGAGAUUUCUCUCUGCAGCACCGUCUUCCCGGAACAAGACCACGCCCCGAUCCGCAAACGCCUCUUCACCGGUUUAAUCUCCGCAGUAACAAUCCGGUUCCUAGAUUUCUCAGGUGCCGUGGUCCUCACGAAACGCUCUUCGGAGAAGUUUUUCAAGUUCCUUGACAUGUACGAAACGCUACGAGAGUUGAUCCCAGCCGUUGAAGAAUCUGAUUCAGAUCUGAUCCAAGAGAUUAAACUUUCUCAGACGAGGCUAGGAGAAGCGGCAGUGACUAUAUUCGGAGAGCUAGAGAACUCGAUCAAAACCGAUAUAGGAAGAACACCUGUUCCAAGCGGAGCCGUUCAUCCACUAACACGUUACACGAUGAACUACCUCAAGUACGCAUGCGAGUACAAAGACACGCUAGACCAAGUGUUCCAACACUACGAGAAGGCUGAGACAGACGAAACAGAACCCGAACCAGAAAGAAACCAACGAGAAGACGACGAGGAGUACAAAACGUCAGCUUUCGCUAGACAGAUGAUCAGAGUGAUGGAACUACUCGACGCGAACCUAGAAGUUAAGUCCGGACUGUACAGAGACCCAUCGCUACGAUCUAUCUUCCUAAUGAACAACGGGAGAUACAUUCUUCAAAAGAUCAAAGGCUCUACGGAGAUAAGAGACUUGAUGGGACAAGCGUGGACGAGGAAAAGAUCGACUGAGCUUAGACAGUACCAUAAGAGCUACCAGAGAGAGACUUGGGGGAAGGUAUUGCAAUGUAUGAAUCAAGAAGGGUUGCAGGUGAACGGGAAAAUAUCGAAGACGGCUUUGAAAGAGAGGUUCAAGAUUUUUAAUAACAUGUUCGAUGAGAUUCACAAGACGCAGAGUACGUGGAUUGUGAGUGAUGAACAGAUGCAAUCGGAGCUAAGGGUUUCGAUCGCGGCGUUGGUGAUUCCGGCUUAUAGGUCUUUCUUUGGGAGGUAUAAGCAGCAUAUUGAUUCCGGGAGGCAUACGGAUAAGUAUGUUAAGUAUCAGCCUGAAGAUAUCGAGUCUGUUAUUGAUGACUUGUUUGAUGGGAAUCCAGCUUCUAUGGGAAGGAAGAGGACUUGAAAACAAUGAAAAUAUGACAAACUUAUGGUUACUUCUGCUUCUUACUCUUGUUUUUCAUCCAUCCUUCUAUGAUUAUUUUUCCUUAUGUUCA